AGGGGGGUGGGAGGGAGGAAGAGGAGGAAGGGGGGGUUGUUGGAUUCAACGCGUAAAAUGACCAUGUCGGUCCCGGAGAGGAUCUCGGAGUCUGGAGGAAAAGAAGAGGAGAGCGAGGAUGAGAGUGAGAUCCUGGAGGAGAGCCCGUGCGGCCGCUGGCAGAAGCGGAAGGAGCAGCUCAGUCAGGGGAAUGUCCCUGGCAUCGAGAGUGCUUCCUUGGCCAUGGACACGGAAGAAGGCGUAGAAGUGGUGUGGAAUGAGGUGCAGUUCUCGGACAAGAAGGUCUUCAAGGCUCAUGAGGACCGAAUCAAGGAAAUGUUCGAGAACCUCAUGCAGGUGGAGCACCCCAACAUCGUUAAGUUUCAUAAAUACUGGCUGGACAUGAGGGAGAACCGAGCCAGGGUGAUUUUCAUCACAGAGUACAUGUCCUCCGGAAGUCUUAAACAGUUUUUGAAGAAAACUAAGAAAAAUCACAAGACUAUGAAUGUUAAGGCAUGGAAACGCUGGUGCACACAGAUCUUGUCUGCCCUCAGCUACCUGCACUCAUGUGAUCCACCCAUCAUCCAUGGAAACCUGACCUGCGACACCAUCUUCAUCCAGCACAACGGCCUCAUAAAGAUCGGCUCAGUGUGGCACAGGCUUUUCGUCAAUGUAUUCCCAGAGGCCAUCCAUGGGAACGUGCACCAGCACCGAGACGAGACACGCAAUCAGCACUACUUUGCUCCAGAGUACGGCUUUGCUGACGACGACUACUCCAUCGAUAUAUAUUCUUUCGGUAUCUGUGCUUUGGAGAUGGCCGUUCUGGAGAUUCAGGCCAAUGGUGACACUGCUGUUUCCAAAGAGGCCAUAGCACAUGCUGGGCAGUCACUGGAGGACCCUCUCAUGAGGGAGUUUACGCAGUCAUGCGUGCGCACAGAGGCCAAGAUCAGGCCGACAGCUCAUGACCUGCUGUUCCACAGAGUGCUGUUCGAAGUCCACUCCUUGAAGCUGCUCGCCGCACACUGCUUCAUCAGCAACCAGUAUCUGCUUCCUGAGAAUUGUGUAGAGGAGAAGACCAAGGCUAUAGACCCAAAUGGCAUCAUGGCAGAGAUAAACCACAGCGACCGGCCGGGAAUCCAGCUAAAGUACUCCCAUGUCUCUCCGCUGGAGCUGGACAAGUUCCUUGAGGAUGUUAAGAAUGGGAUCUACCCCCUAAUGAACUUUGCCUCACAGCGGCCGCAUCCUAUUCCACGUGCCCUCUCUCUGUCCCAGGAGCAUAUGGAGACGGUGAAGACUCCAACUCCAGAGCCUCAGGAGACCGAGACCAGGAAGGUUAUCCAGAUGCACUGUAAUUUAGAGGCUAACGAAGAAGGCACCAGGAGUCAUCUUUCUCUGUUUCUGAAGAUGGACGACAAACUGCACCGCCAGCUCAGCUGCGACGUUCUUCCAACUGACCACCCCAGAGAUCUGGCCAGUGAGCUGGUCCACCAUGCAUUUAUAAGCGAGGAUGACUGUGAGAAGUUGGCAUGCUUUUUGGAAGAGGCGCUGGGGAAACACUGGGGUGGGGCUUCCACGUCUCCGUCGUCCAUCGUGUUAAUGCACUGAGUCGCACCGGAGCACUGUUGUGAAGCAGGGAAGUCCUCUGUUGCAAAGCAGGGAAGUCGGCUGGAGCUGGUCUUAAGAGAAAAGAAGCAGGGAGCUGAAGCGUUACCGGAAGUGCAAGAGUUUUAAACGGGGGGGGGGAAGGGGCAGGGGCACAACAUGAAGUCUUGAAGCGAUAGAAUCGAACAGCUCCGAGGUAGCAAGGCUGUACAGAACUCGGACCAUUGACAUUAUCUCAAAACACAACAGGCAUGUUGUUCUUUCACCGGUGAUGAAUCCACCUUGUAUUCCUUUAUAUGUUUGAUAGAUUUUUGUGGACAUUCUCAGUGCCGUUUUAUCAUGCUGGAUGGUAAUACCCAUCCUCUAUCCAAGAAGUUUCUGCCAAAGGAAAAUGCCACAGAAGUAAAGCCUUAGAAGCAAAGGACUUGGAGAAGAAACAAGAAAGGGUACUGCUGGUACAAAUAAUUGGUAGUACAAAUAGUCUCAUGGGUCUGCCAGCCCAUGUGUCUUAAACUGUCAUGGUUUUUUCUUUUCUUUUCUUUUCUUUUUUUUUUUUUUAAAGAUAACUGCAGUGCGUAUUUAUUUAUUGUUUAACUAUUAAACAUGACUAGAAAGUGUGACUUGUAAAACUCCCAGAGAUGGAAACUUUCCCAAUAUGUGAUGUGUUUUAUUCCCUGCAAAAGAAUGAUUGAAUAAAUGCGUGACCAGGAGCUGAUGAAUGUACAGUACUGUAGCAAAGUGCCCUUUGGUUUUCGUUAUAGUCCGAUUGCUUCUCCCAAUGUGAGACCUAAAAUAUCGAAAAGGACUGGUUCUUACCAAGCACAAAGUGCCUAAGUAAGAAAUGAAUGUGUCAAAAGUACACCGAGUGGUAUUGCCAUUAAUCCCUGAGCUUGAUUUGUACAGAUUUGUGGUUCACUGGCAAUAACCUUAGACUUGCUAAACUUCACGAGUAUGCUUUUUAUCUGUGUGUAAUCUAUGCUAAAUAUUCUUAAUACUUAAUAUUUGGGUACUAUCCAUAGAACAAGGGCACACUACGUAAACACCCUUACACUCACUAGCCAUUUUAAUAGGUUUUAACACGUGUCCCUGCCCAUUCAUGCAAUUAUCGAAUCAGCUAAUUGAGUGGCAGCAGUGCAAUAUAUUUCAAUCAUGCCGAUACAGACCGGGUGCUUCGGUUAAUCUUUAAUGUUGAUGUAAAUAGCAAAUGUAAUCUCAGUGACCAUGAAUAUAAUGAGCCAGACGUUGCGGAUUAAAUAUUUAGGAAACCGAUGAUCUGGGACUUUCCUACACAGCAGUCUAGAGCGUUUCCACAGAAUGCUGGGGGAGGGACGAAACAUCCAGUGAGCAACAGUUCUGCGGGUGGAGACGCCUUGUUGAUGAGAGAGAUCAGAAAAGAAAGGCCAGUUUCAUCUGACAGGAAGGAUGCGGUAACGCAAAUAACGCUCACUACGCUUGUAAAGAGUGGUUAUUUGAGUUACCGUAGCCUUCCUGUCCGCUCGAACCUGUCUGGCUGUUCUCCUCUUGACUUCUCACAUCAACUCUCAUCGUCAAACAACGAAGUACUCGCACCAGCCCAUCUAGCAUGACGCUAAGAUAAUAUUUUCCCCCAUACUGAUGUUAACUCAAGCUCUUUAUCGACAUGAUUUUACGAACUGUGCUGCUUCCGCACGAUUGGCUGCACGGCUCUGUGCUCCGAUGGUAUCGGAUAAAAGAAUCUUCCGACCGAUUAAAAGUAAUAGAGCAGAAAUCUGCCAAGCUGCUGUUGAAAGAAUGGUUUAGUAGAAACCUUUAGGAUAUAGCAAAUGAGUUCUGCCAUUGUACCUGGAACAUUUUGACUUGUAGAACACUUAUCACGCACUAUCAAACGUGACCAAAGUAGCACCAUUUUUCUGUGAACUGGACUUUCUAGUCCAAGCCUACAGGCACUUUAUAAUGUGAAAUAUAUCCCUUCAUACGAUUGAUAAAAAUUCGUCACGAUAUGACGUUUAACAUGUUGGAUGAGAAGGAAUCCCUCCAUCAAGGUUAAAAGGGCUGUUCUUAGUUUUGAGUUUGCAUCAUAUGCAGCAGUAUUUGCAAUGUUUGUUCCGUUAAAGCGCCGUUUACAUACACAUAUGUAUAUGGAAACCAAGUGAGUUACAUGCCAAAAGAACACUGGAAUCAAUACUGGCAGCUGGGGUUGGAGUAGAUGAAUUCAAAAGAAGCCUCUGGAAAAAUCUUACUAGGAUUUUUGGUUUGGGGUUUUUUUUAUUGUAUAAUUGCAAAUCAGUAUUGUGGGGUUUUUUUUUUUGUUUGUUUGUUUGUUUGUUUUUUCUCAUGCCGUUUAUGCCAACGCUAUCAAAAAUAUUUCCUUAAUAUUAAUUGUUUUAGCUAGAAGACCACUUUUUUUUUUUUUUAGUUUUAGUACAAUAAUAUCGCCCCUGAUAAACCUGGAUAUUUCAGUGAUUCCUCAUUUGGACUUCAGGGAGAUUUCAGUGAUAGUACCACAUUUGUGAAUGGCUUUGGCUCUGAAAGGUUUCCAUUUAUCUCAAUACUUUUGCAUGUCAGAACCUGAAUGUUUUUUUUACCAAGUUUUUUGGUAAAGUUGUAUGUGGAAGCGUAGUAUAUGACCAGCCACCACAUCAUUUUGAUAUAAUUGUAACCUUUGAUCAUUUUCCGGAAGGACAGGUAAUUUAAUUUUUAAAAAAAAAAUUUUAAAAACCUUCUCAAUUAUAUCCUGAAUCAUUUUAGCAUCAACCUGAAAUCCUGGACAUUGUGGAAAGUAGCUAUAGUAUGAUAUAUAGAUAAAGGAAGAAAUUCAUGUGUAUAACAAUGAUUGGUGACAUCCUCCCAGGCCUUGGUUAGAUAGUUCUCUGUACAUUCGGCUUUUCUGAUUUAUGCAAUUUUUAUUUUUAUUUGUGUCAAAUAUUGUCUGUUAUUCAAAUUGCUCAAUAAAAUCUUAAGAAUCAUAAAAUA